GCGUUGAUGUGCCCUCACUCACAACCCUAACACUAUCACAGAAAUGGCGGGAGGAAAUACCGGUGGAGAGAACCGUCCCAACGAGUCGCCGUCAUCGUCAGAUCACGGCGGAAACCUAAAUUCCAGUCAGUUUAACGGCAAUCCACCGUCCACACCAGAUUCUCCUACCUCUGCUGGAUUCAACACAGAUCAGCUUCCGUUCAACAGCCGUACGUCGGAAAACUACUCAGAUUACGACGACGAUGAAGCCGCUGUCGAUCCGGAUAUCAUCCCUGACGAACCAGAAGAUAUCGGUGAUGAAGAAGGUGAAGGUGAAGGCGAAGACCUGUACGACGAUAAUUACAUCAAUGAUUACCGGAGGAUGGAAGAGCACGAUCAGUAUGAAUCGGUUGGAUUGGAUGAAUCGCUUGAGGACGAGAGAGAUCUGGAUCAGAUUAUGGCUGAUCGUAGGGCUGCAGAGAUGGAACUUGAUGCUAGAGACGGCGUUGCUUCUCAACGGAAGCUACCUCAUCUGCUUCAUGAUCAAGACACAGAUGAUGAAAGCAUUCGUCCUUCAAAGAGGACUAGAGCUGAUUUUAGACCUCCUCCUAGUCCAGCAUUUAGCAGUGGUGGUGGCGGCGGUGGAGGUGGUGAUGACCCACCCACUACUGAUCAGACAGAUGAUGAUAUGUUUGAUGAUGAUGAUAACGAUGAAGGUGAGUUCGAGAUGUAUCGUGUUCAGGGAACCCUAAGGGAGUGGGUUACUAGAGAUGAAGUGCGUCGUUUUAUUGCUAAGAAGUUCAAGGAAUUCUUACUCACUUAUGAAAACCCAAAGACCCAUGAUCAUGAUUAUCUUACACAAAUAAGGGAAAUGAUUGCAGUCAACAAGUGCAGUCUGGAGAUCGACUAUAAACAGUUUAUAUACACCCACCCAAAUAUUGCCAUCUGGCUGGCAGAUGCACCACAGUCUGUUCUUGAGGUUAUGGAGGAAGUUGCUAAUAAAGUUGUAUUUAAUAUAAAUCCAAAUUACACAAAGAUUCAACAAAAAAUCUAUGUCAGAGUUACCAACUUACCUGUUUAUGACCAAAUUCGCAACAUAAGGCAAAUCCAUUUAAACACUAUGAUUCGCGUAGGAGGUGUUGUGACGCGAAGAUCUGGAGUUUUUCCUCAGUUACAGCAAGUGAAAUAUGACUGUAACAAGUGUGGGGCCGUCUUGGGACCCUUUUUCCAAAAUUCAUAUUCGGAGGUGAAAGUUGGCUCCUGCCCGGAGUGCCAGUCAAAGGGACCGUUUACAGUCAACAUUGAGCAGACUAUAUAUCGGAAUUAUCAAAAGCUUACCCUUCAAGAAAGCCCUGGCAUUGUUCCAGCUGGCAGAUUGCCACGAUACAAAGAAGUGAUACUUUUGAAUGAUCUGAUUGAUUGUGCUCGCCCUGGGGAAGAGAUUGAGGUUACGGGAAUCUACACCAACAACUUUGAUUUGUCACUGAACACCAAAAAUGGAUUCCCUGUUUUCGCCACAGUGAUUGAAGCAAACCAUGUUACGAAGAAACAAGACUUAUUUUCAGCGUAUAAACUUACCCAAGAGGACAAAGAAGAAAUAGAGAGGUUGUCUAAAGAUCCACGUAUUGGAGAAAGGAUUGUCAAGUCAAUUGCUCCAUCAAUCUAUGGUCACGAAGAUAUAAAGACCGCAAUCGCGCUUGCGAUGUUCGGAGGUCAAGAGAAAAAUGUGAACGGGAAACAUAGGUUGCGAGGAGACAUAAACGUGCUGCUGUUGGGUGAUCCCGGAACUGCAAAAUCUCAGUUUUUGAAAUAUGUUGAAAAGACGGGUCAAAGGGCAGUUUACACAACUGGAAAAGGAGCUUCUGCUGUAGGUCUUACAGCAGCAGUGCACAAGGAUCCAGUCACACGUGAGUGGACCCUUGAAGGUGGGGCCCUUGUUUUAGCUGAUAAAGGGAUAUGUCUAAUAGACGAAUUCGACAAAAUGAAUGAUCAAGAUAGGGUAAGUAUCCAUGAGGCUAUGGAACAACAAAGUAUAAGCAUAUCUAAAGCUGGAAUUGUAACUUCACUUCAAGCUCGAUGCUCUGUUAUUGCUGCAGCUAAUCCAAUUGGAGGAAGAUACGAUUCCUCUAAAAACUUCUCACAAAAUGUUGAAUUAACAGAUCCAAUUGUCUCUAGAUUCGAUGUUCUCUGUGUUGUGAAGGACGUGGUGGACCCCGUCAUGGACGAGAUGCUUGCAACGUUUGUGGUGGAUAGUCAUUUUAAAUCAAAACCGAAAGGUGCUAACUUGGAUGACAAGUCGGUCAACAAUUCUCAGGAAGAUAUUCACGACACUGCCAUGUUAGCAGAUCCUGAGAUACUUUCUCAAGACAUGUUAAAGAAGUACAUCACAUACGCCAAGUUAAACGUAUUCCCAAGGUUGCAUGAUGCUGAUUUAGACAAACUCACAACAGUCUAUGCCGAAUUAAGAAGAGAAUCAUCGCAUGGGCAAGGAGUACCAAUAGCUGUAAGGCACAUAGAAUCAAUGAUCCGAAUGUCAGAAGCUCAUGCUCGGAUGCAUCUCAGGCAACAUGUCACUCAAGAAGAUGUUGACAUGGCCAUUCGUGUUCUGCUUGACUCGUUUAUUUCCACUCAAAAGUUUGGAGUGCAGAAGGCCCUUCAAAAGAGCUUUAAAAAGUAUAUGACUUUCAAGAAGGAUUUCAAUGGAAUUGUGUUGCAUCUACUUAACCAACUGGUGAAAGAGGCGCUACGUUUGGAAGAGAUAGUUUCCGGGUCUAGGAGAGAUGUUACACAUGUGGAUGUGAAGGUGGCCGACUUGCAAAACAGGGCGUUGGAUUACGAAAUAACCGAUCUGAAGGAGUUUUUUACAAGUACGGAUUUCGAGCGUGGUAACUUUGAGCUGGAUGAAGAAAGAGGUGUGAUAAGGCAUCUGCUUGUAAGAUGAACCAAGUGUUGUAUGGUUGAAACUUUUUAAUUUGCCAUUGAAAUUUGGAAGAAACAGUUUUACAUUAUGAGAUGAAGUACUUGGAUUAAGCUGUCAGUAAUUUAUUAUCAACUAUUUGUAGCUUAUUAAACUAGUCAGGUGUUUUUAUUA